GCCCGGCCUGCAGCACUUCCUGGGCUCCUGCGAGCGGGACUGCGCUCUGCCCAGGAAUUUCUUGCGGGAGGUCAUGUUUGCCAGUGGCUCUGAUGGUCCUUACGCCAAAGCGAUGAGGGGGGCAGAUCACCCUGACCCAGCUCUUGUCACUGAUGGAAGAGGGCUGCAGGCAGCACGCCUCUGCCUCAGGCAUCACCCUGCCACCCACCUUCUCUGUCACCCAAGCCUUUGAAGAGAUGACGGCCAAGGGGAUGAUUAAUGCCCCCCUUCUGCAGGCAGCAAGGGUGCUGCGGAGGAACGGACUUAAGACGGGCAUCCUCACCAACAACUGGGUGGAUGACAGUGCUGGGAGGCUCUUCACGGCCACGCUGAUGAACCUGCUGCAUCGCCACUUCGACCUAGUGAUUGAGUCCUGCCGGCUCGGAGUGCAGAAGCCAGAUCCCAAGAUCUACACCUACGCCCUGGAUGUGCUGCAGGCGAAGCCGCAGGAGGUCAUCCUUCUGGAUGACAUCGGGGAGAACUUGAAACCGGCCCAAGAGAUGGGCAUAGCCACUGUCCUCGUCAGGGACACCGAAACCGUCCUGAAGGAGCUGGAGGAGCUCUCGGGCAUCCAGCUUCUCACCCAAGAAGAGCCCCUGCCAACUGCGUGUGAUCCAUCUGUUGUGAGCCACGGAUACGUGCCCAUCCGGCCCGGCAUCCAGCUGCACUUCGUGGAAAUGGGGCACGGCCCUGUCAUCUGCCUCUGCCACGGCUUCCCUGAGUCCUGGCUUUCCUGGCGCUACCAGAUCCCAGCUUUGGCUGAUGCUGGCUUCAGGGUGAUUGCUGUAGAGAUGAAGGGCUACGGGGAGUCCACGGCCCCACCAGAUGUCAAAGAAUAUUCCCAGGAGCAGAUAUGCAAGGACCUGGUGGUUUUUCUGGACAAACUGGGCAUCCCGCAGGCUGUGCUGGUCGGCCACGACUGGGGCGGUGCCGUGGUCUGGAACAUGGCUCUCUUCUACCCCGAGAGGGUGAGAGCUGUGGCCUCGCUCAACACCCCAUACAGACCCGCUGACCCCACUGUGGACAUCGUGGAGAAGAUGAAAACCUAUCCCACCUUUGAGUAUCAGUUCUACUUCCAGGAGCCGGGCAUCGCAGAAGCAGAACUCGAGAAGGACAUUGGCCGGACCCUGAAGGUCCUGAUCCGCUCCGUGCGCCAGGAGGACCGCCUGCCCUUCACGCUCAACUUCCACAAGGUCUGGGAGCGAGGGGGGCUGCUGGUGGGCUUCCCAGAAGACCCCCCUGCCAGCCAGAUCCUGCACGGCCCCGAGCUGCAGUACUACAUCCAGCGCUUCAAAAAAUCUGGCUUCAGUGGUCCCCUGAACUGGUACCGUAACAUGCGACCCAACUGGCACUGGGCACUCUCUGCCAAGGACAGGAAGAUCACAAUGCCAGCGCUGAUGGUCACAGCUGGGAAGGAUGUGGUGCUGCAUCCCAGCAUGAGCAGGGGCAUGGAGGAGUGGAUCCCACAGCUGCACCGGGAGCACAUUGAGGAGUGCGGGCACUGGACGCAGAUGGAGAGGCCGGCGGUGGUGAACAGGAUCCUGGUGAAAUGGCUGGAGGGGCUCCCCCCCGACAUCCCCCUGCCCAAGAUCUCCAGGCUGUGAGCAGGACUGGCAGGCAGAGCCCUGCCCCGUGCCUCCCUCCUCCCUGGCCUGAUUUUGCCUUUAGGGUUGGAUUUUUGCCUUUAGGGCUCGAUUUGUAUUUUUUUUAGAGCUUGAUAGGUGGAAGUGAUGGGUGAGCCAGGGCUAGGAGGAGGGCGGCGCACCACAUUGUCCCUGCUGUGUGCAGCUAAAAGGGUAUCGGUGAGCUCUCGGAGGGGGGGAGCCUGGGGUGUUGGGAGAUGGUUUGGGGCUGGAGCCAUCCUCGUGCCAUAGCAGGGGCUGCACUGGGGCGGCAGCUGCUCGUGCCACGUGGUUUGUUUUGGUGUGGAGGUUUUAAUGCACUAAUAAUAAUUAACGCUGCCUUCUGCCUUGUUGAGAAAUAAAGCACAAAGUGACCCCAGCA